GCGGCCGCGGCGGAGCCGCCGGGCGGGAGGGCUGAAGGUUUUGAAGCAGAUGUUGGAAGAUGUUAGCUGUGGAUACUGGGGUUGUGGAGGAGUGGUUAUCAGAGUUCAAGACACUGCCAGAAGCAUCCAUAUCCAGCUAUGCUACCAGCUUGAAAGACAAGACUGCUUUGAUUUCAUCUCUUUACAAAGUAAUUCAGGAGCCACAGAGUGAACUUCUGGAGCCAGUUUGCCACCAGCUCUUUGAGUUCUACCGCAGCGGUGAGGAGCAAUUGCUGCGCUUUACGCUGCAGUUCCUGCCAGAAUUGAUGUGGUGCUAUCUUGCUGUCUCAGCCAGCAGGGAUUUGCAGAGCAGUGGAUGCAUAGAGGCUCUUCUCCUAGGAGUUUAUAACUUGGAGAUAGUUGACAAAGAGGGACAUAACAAAGUGCUGAGUUUCACAAUUCCAUCUUUGUCCAAACCUUCUGUCUAUCAUGAACCUUCCAGCAUUGGCUCCAUGGCUCUCACUGAAGGAGCUCUGUCACAGCACGGUUUGUCCAGGGUUGUGUACAGUGGACCUCAUCCUCAGAGGGAGAUGCUGACAGCCCAGAACAGGUUUGAAGUGCUGACUUUCCUUCUGCUCUGUUACAAUGCUGCCUUAAGCUACAUGCCUGCAAUGUCUCUUCAGUCAUUGUGUCAAAUUUCCUCAAGAAUUUGUGUCUGUGGAUAUCCUCGCCAACAAGUGAGAAAGUACAAGGGAGUCAACAGUAGGAUUCCAGUUUCAUCUGAAUUCAUGGUCCAAAUGCUAACAGGGAUCUAUUAUGCCUUUUAUAAUGGAGAAUGGGAUCUGGCUCGAAAAGCAAUGGAUGAUGUUUUGUAUAGAGCACAGCUUGAGCUGUAUCCAGAACCUCUGCUGGUUGCUAAUGCAAUAAAAGCUUCAUUGCCUCAGGGUGCCAUGAAAUCUAGUAAAGAAGGUACAAGAUGCAUUCAGGUUGAGAUAACACCUACUUCAUCCAGAAUAUCAAGGAAUGCUGUGACUAGCAUGUCUAUAAGAGGGCAUAGAUGGAAAAGGCGUGAUAAUUCUGACUUAGCAAUUGAAGAAGAACUGAUAGAAGUAUCUGAAACCGAUGAAGGGUUUUACUCUAGGGCUACUUCUGGAACAAGUCAGUCUGCCCUGUCUAACAGCAGCACCAUGAGCAGCAAGAGCCUCUUAGGGAAGAGCCUACGAAGGUCUGGAGGAAGCAAAUCUGGAGGAAAAGAAAAAGAAGGAGAAACCUGCAGAGAGCAUUUGUCACGGAAACAAACUCAGAGAGCCAUGAGUGAGAAUCUAGAGCUUGUCUCUCUGAAGAGACUGACACUGACAACCAGUCAGUCCCUGCCUAAGCCUGGCAGCCAUAGCCUGGCCAGAACGACCACCACUGUGUUUAGUAAAUCCUUUGAACAGGUCAGUGGUGUCCCAGUUCCAAAUAAUCGUGGUGGUGUCUCUGGUACAGAGGCAAACAGGUAUUCAGCUUGCAGUCUUCAGGAGGAAAAAUUGAUAUAUGGAACAGAAAGAACAGAUCUUCCUAUUUUAAGCAAACAACCUAAUCAGCAGCGACCUCCCAGUAUUAGCAUAACUUUGUCAACAGAUUGACAUUAAAUUGGCCAGUAUAAAAAUUAAAUUACUGAGACUAUAUCCUGAUAUUGGUACAUUAAGCUCUUAAUAUGCCAUACGUUACUUCCUUAAGUCUCAAAUCCAAGUAAAUUCUUACUUGGCUCAUGUUUGACAGUAAUAGUGAAUAGAAAACAGUUAUAAUUAUUUUGAGUCAGCCUCUGAUAUCUUUACAGCUUCAUGGAAAGUUUAUACCUUUGCCAGCUGAACAAGUGUUAAUUGGUUGGGUGUCACUUGCCAAGGUGUGUGGAUUCUUACAGAUGUACAAUGUGGGAACAAAUAGAGUGUCUCUCCCAGAUUCUGCUUUUUGUCUUCCACUUGGCAUAGGCAAAACUACAAGUACUUAGGGUUUUUUUAGAAGGAGUCUUGCAGUAUUGUCAUGCAAUUUUGGAAGAGCAUUGUAAGAACAGACAUUGUCUUACAUGUGAGCUGUGCUUACAUGUAAAUAUAAACUAGAAGCAUCACUUCAUUGUUUGGUGUUCUGGUGGCUUUUGUAUUGGUAGUUAGUACAUGUAGCAAUGUUCAUACUUCUUUAUGCCUGUAUAAGUCCAAUUUUAGAUGCAUUUUGGUUUAUCUGUAUGUCUUGAAACUGGGCCUAAAGUAAUACAGUAGCAGAGCUUGUGGCUGGGAAUUAUUAUCAAUUGCUGUAGUAGUCACUCCUAAAAAUUAUGUGACAGACUCUUUCUUUAGGAUCCUUAAAUAUCAGUUCCAAAACUACUCACUGAAAAGCCAGUCAUCAGUAUUUUUAUUGUCUGUGGGGAAGAGAUGUGCUUGUGUACCAAUGUUAUGUAGAAAUAUGAGCCCUUUGCACUGAUGCAAGGAAAUCAGGAGUGUGAAUGUGCUUAAUAGGAAUCUCGUGCUUGAGAAUAAGAGAAUACUACCAAAGGAUGUGUACUUCCAGUAACUUGCAAGCACAAAUGGGAACUAUAAUGUAAAUAUUAGUAGCACUGUAAUUCCUAAGGUUUUUUAUAGCUAUUAUUUUUCUAGUUCGAAAUUCUAAACCAGCAACCUAUUCAAGGUUUUACCUAACCUUUAGCCUUCAGUGAGUUUGACAACAACUUUUAUAAUGUUAAGAUUUUAAUUUAAAAUGGAUAUUAAAACUUCUUAUGCAGAAAUCUGAAGAAGCAGUUGCUGACAAAGCCACUCCAGUAGCAGUUAUUAGCUGAUGAACAGACAAUUUAUUAUUAUGAGUGGAGAAGUAGGAUGAAGAUCUAAGGCAUAGUUGCUCCCAACUGUCCAGAUUUCUGCAGCUCUUAAUCCAUUAUUGUCAAGACCAUUGUAAAACAACAAACACUAAAAUUCUGGUAGACUUACCCAUUUGCUUGGAGAUAAGUAUAGUUCUUGACUUAAACUGAAGCACAAGUAACUUUUAAACAGCUAAUGUUAUUCAGGUUUAUAGCAAUUAAUAAGUUUAUUAAUUAAUGAAAAGAGUAAGUUUUAUAAUUGUACUAAUAAGAUAACAGACUGGAUUUGUACAUUCCUGAGAAUGCACCAAAGUAUGCAGAAUAGCCCCAUCAGUCUGUAGCUGUUCAUAUUUACCCAAGAGCCUGAAUUUAAAAGAGUAUGCCACAAUUUCUCAUUCUGCAUUUUGUUUUGUGACACCAUUCUAUUCUAGUAAUGCAGUACUUCACCUUUUUACAGUGAAGUGUUUUCCUAAUUUUACAUGAAAACUUACAUUCCUAAUGGAUCAACUACAAAUUUGCCCUGUUUAUUUUUUAAUACUGACCAGUGAGAAAAACUGGUUCUUUGAGGUUGUUUUUGUAAAUACUUUCUACAGCAGAAAAUUUAGCCUCUUUUUUAUAGGCUUUUCUGCAAUACAUAUUAGGACAUUUGUUACACACUAACUAAUGCAUGUGGCUGCUGGACAUGCAUAACCACCUGCAGCAGCUGAUAGGGGUGUUAGCAGCUGAUAGUUGGCAUUGGUUGUCUCUACACAAAGUGAAUGCAAAGCUCUUCCUUCCCUUCAGAUUUGAUCUAGAUAUUGCAAAGAAAUAACCUGCAAAACUUACAGCAGUUUCCUAAUCCACUUUUGCAGUGUAGGAUCUAAAGAACACAGUAGUGCAGUAAUUUAAAUUGACAUAAAACUAGAAUAGAUAAAAUUGCAGUAGAAAAAUAUUUGCUGUUAUGGUAUUAGUUGCGAGGUAGUGUUGAGGGGCUAGAAUUUUUGAGAAUUCUGCUGGUUUUGCUUUGUUUCGUUUAAUUAAAAAUAGUUUGUUACCACCAUGGUAGACACUCUUCCAAGCUGGGUGUUGGUAUAAAAGAUAUUUUUUAUACUGGGAAGAUUUAGCUCUAAAUAAUUGGGAUUUCAAAUUAGGAUCUAAAAUGCCAUAAAGUGUAGAUAUGUAACCAAAUGUUUCCUGUACUCUUGGCUACAAGCCAAAUGAUGUUGAAAUAAAGUUUGUUUUUCCUUUUAUUUUAUCCAGCUGGUCUGGCUUGAACCCAAGGCCUAGGCUCUUAUUGGUACAACUGAAAUAACAUGAAUCUUCAUACUUUUUUGAGACAAUGAUAAAAGGAAAGGUUCUGGUACUAAAGACUGUUCUGUCCAUAGAUAUGUAGCUUCUUACAAACACGUUUGUAUUGGUCUCUGGAGUCACCCACCCAGUGAGGAGUGUGUUUUUGUAAGCUGACAUCUCACCUUUGUACUGAUUGAGUCUACAGAAUUUCUUUCCUGAGUACCAAACCUUUGAGUUGUGCUUCUUUAUUUUCUUAAAAAUUGAAAGGUUAAAAAAAAAAAGCACAAGGGAGAGUGAGGCAGAAUUAUUUGUUGACCAAAUAUCCAUGGUGCCGGAUUAGGAGAGGGGUGGGAAGAGUGAUGAGGGAAGUAGGGCAGGAAGCAGAUAUUUCUAAAAUUGUCAAACUCUGGGGGUUUGAGCAUUAUCCAGUCACUUCAGACUGUCAGAUGGAAAAUCUUUGUUAAAGUAGAUGUCUUCUAGCAGUGUAAAGGAAACCCAUUAAGACACCACAUAUUACAAUCUGCCCAGGAGUGGGUAGUUCUGAUGAAUACCUUCCAAACAUGCACAGCUGCACCAUUCUGCAGGGAAAAUGUUAUGUAGGAGUGAAUCAUCUCACAUUGUAAAAGAGAAGUUGUUUCACUGCUGACGUUUAUAACUGACCUUACUGUUCCAAAUCAGAGGCCACUGUUUCCAAGGAUGGCUUUGAACAGCAACACUUGCAGAACUCAUUGAAGCUGAGAAGAAUUAUUUUUGUUGUGAGAAUAUGGACCAUUUGUGCAAGAAGUGUAUAGCCUCUAACCACUUGCUGUAGAGCUGCAGUGACUUUUUUGAAUGGAUUUAAAUGUCUUGAAUUGCCUUGAUUACCUAACAAAUUUGAAAGGUACAUAAAUAGAGCUAUUUUAGCCACACUUCUCUCUAAGGUUUCCUAUGAGAAAUUCUAGAAAUUUCUAAUGUAAUUGUCCAGUACCUUUUUGUUGGUCUUUGAGACUUACUGUGCUGUAUAUAGAUGUAUAAUAUAUUGCCUUUUGUAUUUGUAUAAUUCUACUUCUAAGACUAGAUGUGCACAUUUGGUAUUCCCUGAAGUCUGUGGAACGUCUGCAUCAGUCUAUGGAUGUAUGUCUUUCACAUGAGAACCUGAAUUUAAGCAACUGCCACACUUUUAUUCACUUUCUUCAGCUCAUUAUGUGACACUGUUUUAGAAACACAGUUUUUCACCUUUUUUGCAGUGAAGUGUUCUCUUGAUUGUACAUGAAGUCUUACAUUCCUAAUGUAUAGGCUACAAGAUUGUCUUUUUAGUGUUUAAUAAUUUUGGCAGUAAAAUAAAUUUGGUUUUUUUUGAAGUUGUAUGUUUUUGUAUUUGUACAGUAGAAAAUUUUGCCUCUUUACAGACUUUGUUGAAAUACACAUUACAUAGCUACAUAUUUGAUCAGUUUUCAUUCUACACAUCCAGAAGUCAUAGUAAGGUUGACUGCAUUACUUUAAAUAUGCUGAAUACCUAUUUUAUACAACAUAGGGUCUGCAAAUGCAGCCCUGUCAGGAGGGACACCAUGGUGAGAAAUGCUGAUGGGUGAAGGGCGAGUCCAAGCAGAGUUGCAAAUUGGCAGAAGCAGAUGGUGAUCCUGUCAGUGAAGCAGCAUUACCUGGGCAGAUUGGUGCUUUUGGUAGUGUGAAUAUUAACAGUGCUUUGAUACACAGUCAAUAUCUGCACUGUGCCCAGGGUAGCUCUGGGGGCUGUUGUUGCUGGUAACAGCAGAAGCAAAGGUGGCAGUCAGUACCUUGGCAUUUUUUGUCAGCAGCUCCUCUGCCCCACUCAGCUGCAGUGCCUUUUUUUCCCCUAGUCUUUCUGUUGCUGAUGAUCUCUCUGCUAAAUCUUUUUUUUCCCUUGCCUUCCACCUUCCAUAUUCCACUUCAUUUGGGCUUUGUCUUUCCUGACCCCACCUGUGCAUGCUUGGAUGGUGCAUCUCCCCAGGUUGCCUGCUCUUGCUUCCAUCUCUUGUGUGCUGCUUUUUCAUGUCUAGUCAGGUGCUCCUGCUUCAUGCUUCCAUGCCUUCUGCCACCUCUGCUUGCUUUCUGUGUGUAGCCAUAGACCAUUCAUUAACCUGGAAGAGAUGGUUCUUGAAAAUCCUCCAGCUCUCCUGGGCCUCUCUCUCCAGGAUGGUCUCCCAUGGCCAUCUGCAGAGAAAUUCCUGUGCAAGGCAAGCUCCUUUCUGUAGCUCCAGGGUUGUGAUUCUACAUUUAGUUCAGGCUUUUUUCCUUUGCCCCUACAAAUGCAAUCUCUAGUGCAAUGCUGUAGAGAAAUGUGGAUGAAGGAAAGAGCUGUAGUGGAGGGCAGCAGUGGGAGAUCUCACCGCAUGGUUUCCUAUUUUUUGGAUGUCAGUGUUUAACCGUGUCUUUUGAAAGGACAAAACUCGAUUUCCCAUCCUUUAAAUGGGUGAGAAGGGAAAUCUGAUUCCAAGCAUUGGAGUAGGUGAAAGUUUUCCUUUGCAAAAGGUAGAAAUUAGACUUGGUGCUGUGAUUGUCCUGUAAGUGCGUAGGAUUUGCAAUUUCAGUGACAGUG